AUGUCUGGUAAGUGGUCGAAGAAGUUCUGCAGUAAACGGCUCUUCCAGCCAAAAUGAACCGAGAAUCGGGUGGAUUCGAAUGGGGAACGGACGAUCUGAAGCGUUUCUUCCAGUGGAUUCUCGGGUGCACAUACACCAAAAAGACCUUCAGAACCAGGUUUUGAAGCAUUUUUAAGGGGAACUCUGAAACAAUCUCGAGUUUCAGAAUCGCGGAAAUGUUCCAUUUUGCGGAGGCGCCGCACAUCAUCAUCUACGAGCGAAACGAGGCAAAUCCGUGGUGGUGGACGGUGGCGAUGUAGGCGGCAAUUCAAAUUUCAAGCCUUCCCCCGGAAUCAGCUCGGAAUCGUUCAGAAUCGUCGCCGUGCUCAUCGGAGUUCUCUGCCUUUACUACACCCUCGAGGCCGCCCUCCGCGCCGUCCGUAGCUUCUUGGUCGCAGUGCUCCGCGAGCCGCAGAGCACAGUUUCCACGCCGAGAUGCCUUUCUCCAAACAAAGAGACCAGAAAGCCGUCGCCGCAGACUCCGCAGAACACUCCAGAACACGUCGGCCGCAAGAUUCCGAUGAACGAGCCCGUCAACUGUGUUUUCGUCCGGCCCGUCAGUCCGAAGACGGCGUUGGAGAACGAGAAACUCUCGAUUCCGCAGUUGAAUUCCGAAGAUGAAGUUGAUGUGAGUGUGAACGGAAGAAAACUUGCAUUAGAGUCCUUUUCAGACUUCCUUUCAGAUGGAAAAUCCGAAACAGAAAACGCCUCCGAAAGAAAAUAAGAAGUCGCCGCAUCCGAAAUUGGAGGAAGUUGAAUUCGACGCCGCUUCGAACGUGAACUGCCGUCCGACUGCCGUUCCGUCGUACACCACUCAGAUCUCGGCGCCUCGGAAAUCUUCCGGAGCAGAAGACGGAGAGCCGACCGUCGCUUCCUCUUCUUGGUGUUCCACUGGGGGACCCGUCGAGGACUGGAUCCAGAAACAGCUCGACGGAUGCCAGAAGAUUACGGAGGACAGGUCGAAAGCGGGCGAAGAGACUGAACAGAUCGAGCCGCAGACCGUUUCAGCCGGAUUUCUCGAACAAAUUGAAGAUGUGAGGAACUCUCUCUCUUUCUCUCUCUCUCUCUCUCUCUCUCUCUCUCUUUCUCUUUCUCUCUCUCCUCGAUCGAUCACUUCUCAUUCUCCCCAUUUCCAGCUCAUCAAGGCAACUCUCAAUCAGCCCGGAGCUCUUUUAACGGAAGAGUCUUCUUGUGAGAACGAUUCUGAACUUUCGGAGAGUCCGAUGCCCAGUUUGGUGGAGAGAAUCAGUUCGGAAAUCAAGAGCGGAUUCACGGAUUUCACGCAAAAGUCCACGUCGAUCCCGCAAGUGGAUACUGCGGAGAAACUCGGAAAAGAGGCGGAAGGCACCGAGGAAGACGCUGAUAUUAUCAUUGAAGGUGCUUUGGAAUGAUCCGAUGUUCUAAAAUUCCAACCAAGACUUUCAGACAGUUGCCUGUUCGCCACUUCGGAUAACGAGUGCGACGGCAGUAUUCUGGUGAGAGACGGUCCGCAAAAAGUGCUCUUCCGCUGGACGGACGAUCGACCAGAAACCGUGGACAACGUCACCGUCACCGGCUCGUUCUUCGGCUGGAACAUGCACUUGCCGCUGCGCCGUCGCGAUGAGAAGACUUUCGAAGUUUGCGUGCAACUUCCGGCCGGAAUGCACGACUACUUGAUCAACAUUUUCCGUUUUGAUUGA